GGAUGUCCACGCAAAAAAGAAAGAGGUUGAUCACAUGAAAGAGAAAGAAAACAGACAUGGCUUGUGUUCCUGAGCUGCUCUUGGACAUCUUGGAAGAGCUGAUUGAUAAGGAGCUGAGGAAGUUUCAGUGGUUCCUUUACAGUAAUGUUCUUGAAGGAUUCCAACAUAUUCCCAGGUCUCGGAUUGAGGGAUUGGACCGAGAGGGAACCGUGGAUCUUGUGGUGAAGACAUAUGGCUACGAUAGUGCUGUUACUGUUACUGUGGAUAUAUUCACAAGGAUGAAACUCAAGCUUUGGGCUGAAAAACUACAGAAGAAAUACGAAGAUGUUUCAAGCAAUCAAAGCAGCAAAGAAAAUGAGCCCCACGCAAUAGGAGAAAGACUGAAAUCCACUUUGAAGGAAAAGUACCAAAACAUUUAUGAGGGGAACGCAGAUGAAGGCGACACGGUCUACCUGAACAAAAUCUACACAGAACUACACGUGAUCGAAGGAGCCCAGGGAAGUUUCACCGAGGAGCACGAGGUCAGACAGCAGAAGUCUGCGCAUGUGACAAAAGAGGAAACUUCCAUUAAAGUUAGUGACAUUUUCAAACCCAAGCCCAACCAGGAGAAGCGAAUUAGAACUGUGCUCACCCUGGGUAUACCUGGAGUGGGUAAAACUGUCUGUGCACAGAAGUUUACCCUAGGCUGGGCAGAAGGAGAGGAAAAUCAGGACAUCACCUUAAUCUUUCCGCUUCCGUUCCGUGAGCUUAAUCCAAACAUAGGCGAGAAGGACUCCAGUCUGAUGCAGCUGCUCUACCAGUUCUUCCCUGAGAUAAAAUGCCUUGAGAGGCUGGGAACAGAAUGCAAAGUCCUCUUCAUCUUUGACGGCCUUGAUGAGAGUCUCCUGCCAUUGAAUUUCAAACACAACAAGGUCUUGAGAGAUGAGACAGAGCUUGCCUCACUUGAUGUGCUGAUCACAAACCUCAUCACGGGGGAUCUGCUCAACAACGCACUCAUCUGGAUCACCUCCAGGCCUGCGGCGGCCAGCCACAUCCCUCGGAAGUAUGUCCAUCUUUGGACGGAGGUGAAGGGCUUCACUAACGAUCAGAGGGAGGAAUACUUUAAGAGACGGUUGUGCAAUAAUGACCUUGCCGCCAGAAUGAUCAACCAUGUGAGGUCAUCGAGAAGCCUCUACAUCAUGUGCCAAAUACCAGUUUUCUGCUGGAUCACUGUAACAGUAAUGAGGAAAAUGCUGCGUGACAACGUGACAAGAGGCAUGCCCAACACCCUGACUGAGAUGUACGUUUAUCUCCUUCUCUGCCAGACAGAUCGAAUGGUUGAAGGACAUUACCCAAUGAGCAGUGACAACGUGGUUUUGAAGCUGGCAGAGCUCGCAUUCCGACAACUGGAGAAGGGCAAAGUGAUCUUCUAUGAGAAGGACCUGAAAGAGUGCGGCAUGGAUAUCAAAGAGGCAACUGUCUACUCAGGAGUUUGCACAGAGGUCUUUGUGAAGGAAGGCAGAAGGAGAAGGGAAGUUUUUAGCUUUGUGCAUUUGACCAUCCAGGAGUUUCUGGCAGCUGUGUAUGUCCAUUAUUCAUACAUGCAAAAAAAGGACAAUGUUCUCAUUGGACACUGGAAAAGGUUCCUCACAAGCUGGCGCCCCAAAUCUGUUUUCAAUUUUCAUAAGACUGCCAUUGAAAAAGCUUUGGAGAGUACAGAUGGCCACUGGGACCUCUUUCUCCGCUUCCUUCUGGGACUCUCGCUGACGUCGAACCAGGAGCUCCUCUCUAGAAUACUGCAUUUAGAAGUUGAGGGAGAGGAAGAUGUAACCAGAACUAUCGAGUUUAUUAAGGAGAAGAUCAGUGAAGACCCAGAGGCCAAGCUCAACUUGUUCCACUGUCUGAGUGAGCUCAAAGAGGAGUCUUUAGUGAAGGAAAUUCAGACCUUUGUAAACUCCAGGCAGCUUGCAGGCAAAAAACUGUCUCCAGUCCAGUGGUCAGCUCUAACCUUUGAGCUGAUGACCUCAGAUGCAACUGAGGAAGAGUUUGACCUGAAGAAGUACAUAAGAUCAGAAGAGGGUCUGGAGAAGCUGUUGACUGUCAUUAACUCCUCCACGUGUGCACUGCUAAACCACUGCAACCUCAGCGAGAACUGCUGUCAAGCUUUGGCUACUGCACUGAGCACGCCCUCCUCUCAUUUAACAGCUCUAGACCUGAGUGACAACAGCCUGAAGGAUUUGGGAGUGAAGCUGCUCUCUGUUGGACUGGGGAGUCCGCACUGCAAACUGAAGAGUUUAAGACUGCAUAAGUGUAAACUGGAAGGAGACUGCGGUGAAGCCCUGGCUUUUGCUGUCAGCACAGAGGCUACCCAGCUCAGGGACUUGGACUUGAGUGCUAAUGAACUACACCAAGCGGGAGUGAAGGCUCUGUGUGUGGGGCUGUGCAGCCACCACUGUAGACUGGAAACGCUGAGGUUGAAUCAGUGCAAGCUGAGAGAGGGUUGCUGCAUGGAUUUAGCUUCAGUUUUAAGCUCGGGCUCCUCUCACCUGAAAACACUAGACCUGAGUAACAAUAGCUUGCAGGAUUCUGGUGUAUCACUGCUUGCUGAUGGACUGAAGAGUCCACACUGUAGACUGGAAACACUCAGACUGAGCUGGUGUGGCCUGUCACAGAAAUGCUGCGAUCCCAUUGGCUCAGCCGUGAGCUCUGAAUCUGCCCACCUCAGAGAGUUGGACCUGAGUGGAAACAACCUGGAGGGUCCCAGCAUAAAGCUGCUGUGCUCUGGUCUCAGAAGUCAGCACUGUAAGGUCGAGACAUUAAGAAUAAACGAGUGCGGUCUCCAGAAAUGCUGUGCUGAUUUUGCGUUAGUCCUCAGCUCCAACACCUCUCACCUGAAGGAGCUCGAUCUUAGUGAGAAUGACCUGCAGGAUGUAGAGGUCAGCCUUCUGUCUACUGGACUGGCAAAUCCAGAGUGUAAACUGGAAAUAUUAAGGCUGUCAUUCUGUGGAGUCACCAAAGAGGGCUGCACUCACUUAGCUUCAGCACUGCACUCCAACCCUUCUCACCUGAGGCAACUGGACCUCAGCUACAACUACCUGCAGGACUCUGGGGUGAAGCUGAUCUCUGUUCAUCUGGACAGUCCGCUCUCCAGACUGGAAGAACUCAGCGUGGACCACAAUGCAGAAUGUUACUUGAAGUCGACACUGAAAAACUAUGCGUGCACACUGACGUUCGACUUGAACACGGCAGCCAAGUCUCUCUUUCUUUACGACGGGGGGAAGCAGGUAACAUGGGUCCGAGAGAAGCAGCAGUACCCGGACCACCCUGAGAGGUUCGAGACCGUCUCCCAGGUGCUGUGUCACCAAGGCCUCACCCAGCGCCACUACUGGGAGGUGGAGUGGCGUGGACGCUGGGUGGACGUCGCCUUGGCCACGAGGGGAAUCCGUCGCAGGGCAGGCUAUCACCUCUGUGGGUUUGGCUCUACCGACCAGUCCUGGAGUCUGUACUGCUCUGAGGAUCAUUACACCGCUCAGCACGACCAGCAGUCGGAGGAAAUACCAGCACCUCCGUCUGCCUCCCGAAGGGUCGGCGUCUAUCUGGACUGGCCGGGCGGCACCCUGUCCUUCUACAGUGUGUCCUCUGGGACUUUGAGACACAUCCACACAUUCUACAACAGCUUCUCCGAGCCUCUGUACCCUGGGUUUGGGAUGGAGGAGGAUGAUUGCUCUGUAAUUAUUUGUACGGAGGUGGGCAUGCAGCAGCUCAUUUCUCCCGCAGAAGGAGCGACUGAAUCCUGAGUAAAAGUGAAAUGAGUAAAAGACCUUUGCCUUCUGAAUCAGGAGAGUGUUUCAGCAAGAGAUAAAACCUUGUCCUGAACAUGCCCCGGACUAUCGUAGCGAUCUACAUCUGUCACUUUCUACCCUGUCACUGCAGUGCCCUUUGAGCUAACACUUUAUAAUAACUAAUACUUAUACAUGUUUGUGAAAUGCUACAUUAAUAUACCUUCAGUAAACUGUGCAUCAUGUGUAAACUAUUAGUUAAACUUAUAAUUAGUAACCAUUCUUAAUUUAUUACACUUUAUUUCUUAAAGUCUUAAUAUUAUUCCAUGAUGUAAAUAUGAUUUCAAAAUGAAGGAUUAGGAAAUAACUGGUUGCUUAAGGAUGACUUGCUUGUGUGGUGACGCACAAGAAUAGAGAAGAAAGUUAUUGCAGAAACAUUUAAACAUCCUUCGUCACUGAACAUUUCACAAAAGUUUUUAUCCACUCCUCCCAGUGAUAUUGUUCUGCAGCUUAUUUUAUAAUAUGACUACACACUUUCCCCUGGCUGCUUCCUCGACCACAACAUCUGACACAUACAAUCUGUUUACACCCAUUUGCACAAUCCAAAGUGGAAACUUGUCAUCUUACAAUUCUAUCUCUAGCGCCCUGUUACAAAUGUUCUGUGUUUUUUGCAUCCCCUUAGUCUUAAGUGUAAACUGUUGUCCAAAUUCUAUUAUUACUGUAGUUUUCAGAUCAAUCCUUUGUUAGAUUUCUGGUAGAUUUCUGAAAUGCAUUCUCUGUGUUGGUGAACUUAAUGUAUAAAAUGUGAACAUUAUCCUUUAACUCUUUAACUCCUUUUAAUUGUUGUGAAACCAAAAAUGUGAUUAAAAAUGUCCCAAUCAACCAGCUUGAAGGGGAUCUUGCCUAAUAGCAUAAUUGCCUAAGUCAUAUUUGAACAGGAGAAAAAAUAACAAAAAACAUAAUUCUUACCAAGCUCAAUAUAUUUUUUAUUUGCGUUGAGAUAUCCUUGCGUUUUAAGUCAAAAAAAUUACUUAGGCAAUUAUUUUAUUAGGCUAAUGUUAUGCUGAAUGCUGUAUGGCGGGGGCUGUUCCUUCACUCCAAGGUCUCAGCCAGAGUUAUUAUGGGAUGGUUGUGGAGGCCAGGCCAUUUGUUGCCUUGUGGGUUCUUGUUUUCAUUCUGUCUUAAGUUAUUUUUUUGGUGACUGUGUGGCCCACAUCCUCUGUUGAAGUGCUUUCCCUUUCCUUCUUGGUCAAAUAUUAACCCGAGGUGUGGUUGUGCAUUCAUGUUUUCACUCUUUCUUUCAAAUGACAGCUAUAUCACCACUGUGUGUGGCAUUGGUGGCAGUCUAAUGACCCGUGAAUGAUUAAUUGUCACCGUCUGCGCAACUGUUUAAACUAGAUUUAAAGUUACUUGAAACCUAUUACAUACACGGCGAGAUGGGAUAAGGUGAUUUUAAUUCAUUGCAUAUGUGCUGUAUGUCGCCUUUACACUGUCCUCUUGAAAAACAUUGACACAGUGGUCGGGAUCCAAAAAUAAUAUGGAUUACUACCGUGUUGAAAUAGGGCUAUUUGCUGUGUGUUCACACUACCUCAACGCAACUCAGACACACACCUGUUAAAUGAAAAUCAUUCCAGACGAAAACCUCAUGAAGAUGUUACCAAAAGUGUGCAAAGCUUGCAUUAGUGCAAAACAGUGGCUACUACAAUAUUUCAACCUGAACUGAAAUGCAUCUUAUUAAAAUUACCAAAUGUCACCAGUAUGCAUGCACAAGCAUCAUGCUACUCAUUUAUGGCAUAUUGUUACAGAGACACAAAUGUCUUUUGCUGCAUGUUGCCCAACACCUUUGCUACGGUGCUAAUGCUGGCCGAUGUUUGGGGCUAAUGUUGGGCUUCAUCUGCAGGUCAUCAGUCAUCAUGGUGGCACUAGAUGACAUGCCUGGGAUCCCCAAAGCCUUAGUGCAACUCCACAAUUUCACCCUCCCUCCCAGGUCAAGAGCCUCAGCGUUAUUCUGGAUUCCACACUUUCACUACAGCCCCACAUUAACCAAGUUACUUCCACCUUCACACUAUCUACCUCCUCCAACCCUCCCUCACACCAGAAUCCACCGCCAUCCUCAUCCACUCCUUGAUCACAUCCUGUUUUUGCUGUUGCACCUCUCUGCUCUCUGGUCUCCCUGCGGCGCCCCUGUCAAUCCACCUCUCUGUUUCCCCCACAAAACUCAUUUUACAGCCAACAGUCAUUUAGCCACUCGGCACCCCGCCCCUGGAACUCCCUUCCUCCCCAUAUCCAGAACAUUAACUCACUCACCACAUUCAAAACUACCUUCCCACCCUCAAGCUGACAAUUUUGAUUUUAUGGUCUCUCUAAGUUUAUUUAAUUACUUAUUUGCUUAUUUUUGAUGAUCUGUUAUAUAUUAUUGUUUUCAUGUUUAUUUUAUUUUUUAUUUCACCUUCAUUUUAUCUCAUUGUAAAGUGACCUUGAGGUUCCGAAAUGUGCUUAUAAAUAAAAUGUAUUAUUGUUGUUAUUA